AUGUCGGAAAGUGUAUUCUUUCAAGGCAGCCUACAAGAUGGCAUCUCCCUCGCCAUCCACCAGUCUAAGAUGGUGCUCGCAUUUGUCACUGAUAGUGGAGACGAGAGCCAACUUUGGGAGAACGAGCUUCUCGCAAAUGACUCUCUAAAAGCACCACUAAAGAAUCAGGCUGUGGCCUUACGACUACAGGCAGGGUCUGAAGAGGCUGGAUUUUUGGAGGCGCUAUUUCCUAUACCGAAGAAGCCCACAGUAGUCAUCAUUCAAAACGGAACUCUAAAAGAGUAUAUUCAAGGUGGCACAGCGAAGGAAGACCUCGUUCGCAGGAUUGAGGCAAUUCUCAGCACGGCAACAGUAACUCAAACCCAACAAACGGCUACUGCCCCUGCAAGACAGGCUUCAAGUCAGCCACCUCCGGCCGCUCAAGCCCCAGUAUCCACUAGUAGUAACGUAUUAGACGACCUAUAUGAUGACUAUGACAUCCCAGCCAGGCCCUCUCCUGUACCGGCAGAAUCCUCCCGGGAGGGGCAGAGUUCACAAGAAGCGAAGCGCCUAGAAGCCGAGAAGAAAGCGAAGGAGGCUAAGGAAGCUAAAGCCAAGGAAACCAAAGCUAAGGCAGAACAAGAAGCCAAGGCCAAGGCAGAGCGAGAGGCCCAAGCACAGGAGCGCCGCAGAGCUAGUGAGAGUAACGAGGGCCAAUCUUCUACCACUAACAGACCAGAGCGGUCUUACGCAGAAGAAGUCAGGCAGCAGAAGAUCCGGGCGACUGAGGACAGAAAACGCAUCCUAAAGCGCAUCGAAGACGACAAGCGGGAGCGCAGAGAGCGCGAGGCCAAGGAAAGACAGGCAAGACUACUGCUAAACGCGACAAACGACACCGAAGCCUCUAGCAGCCAAACUCCGGCCAUCCCCCUCGCUCGAAGACAAGCCAGCAGCUCAGGAGACCACUGCAACUUACAGGUCCGCUUGUUUGACGGCUCGACAAUCCGAUCGCGCUUUAAGAGCGACGCGACUCUUAAUAAAGAAGUACGCAAGUGGAUCGAUGAGGACCGGACCGACGGCGACGCGCCGUACACCUUCCGAAUCGUCCUAACGCCGCUUCCCAACAAAGCCGUCGAACCCGCCGAGGAAACAGAGUCUUUACUAUCCCUUGGCCUAGCCCCUUCCGCCACUCUAGUCCUAGUCCACGCCAAGUACUCCUCCGCGUUCGCGCGCGCCUCCGACGGCCUCAUCUGGCGCAGCCUGGCAUACGUCUUAGGCUUCUUCGGCUCCGGAUACGGGUUCCUGGUCGGAAUGCUAGGCGGACUCGCCGGCCUGCUAAGCAGUCGUGGGGCUGCGUCGCCCGAGGAGGUGCCGCUGCAGAAUCUAGCCGAAGAUAGGAUUGCCUCGGGGAUCAGGGGGUUUUAUGAAGCUGAGGACAGGCGUAGGGAUGCGCAGUUGUAUAAUGGGAAUUCGUUGAAUUUCGAACCGCGGAGAGAUGAAGAUGAUGAGGAUGUGGAAUGA